AUGGGACCAUUAACUGAAGCUCAGAUUGAGAACCACAUCUUGGUAGUUUAUAACAAUGGGACAGGAUACUUUCCUGCACAUAAAGUAAUGUCCCAGCUAGAUAUGAGCUUUUUAGUUUUUGUUUUCAGAGUUUCUGAGAUUGGUGCACUCUGUAACUAUGGAAAGAAAGAGAAAGUGUUAACACUGUCACAAAAGGUGGACGUAAUUGCUGCGGGCAAGCAGCCAGGAGUUACAAGGCAGCAGUUUGGAGUGAGCAGGCAGAUAGUCAAUUUAAUUUGGAUGCAAAAAAGUGAUCUUGAGAGUCGGUUUCAGAGUGGACAAGGAAACGCCAAUAAGAAACGAAAUAGUCCCGGCACAUUUUCAGAGCUUGAAGAAAUUAUUUUUCUAUGGUUCAAAGAAAAGCGGGCACAAGGAGUUCUUCCGAGUGGGGUUUUGCUUCGUCAAAAGGCAGUGGAUCUAGCUCAGACUACGAAAAUCGAAGGUUUUCAGCAAAACGACGGUGUACGACUUCGUAAAAUAAUUGCUUCAACUAGUGUACGACUUCGUGAAAUAAUUGCUUCAACUAGUGUACGACUUCGUGAAAUAAUUGCUUCAACUAGUGUACGACUUCGUGAAAUAAUUGCUUCAACCAGUGUACGACUUCGUGAAAUAAUUGCUUCCACUAGUGUACGACUUCGUGAAAUAAUUGCUUCAACUAGUGUACGACUUCGUAAAAUAAUUGCGCCAAUAAAUUUGCUGAAAAAGAAGUCCAUCUUGUCGGGUAAAACAAAGCUGGUGCUCGUUGUUAAAGAAGAUUUAAGAAAAGACAUUAUGGACACUGUAACAGAAGGAGACAAGCUUCUUUUAAUAACAGAAAAAUCACAAAAUAAAUCAAAUUCUAGUAGUUUUCUCACCGAAUUCCUGAUUUGGAAAAACGACGGAAGCGCCACUUUUACAAAUGCCAGAGACGAUGAAAUUAUUUUUCCACCAUCGACAAACAACUUUGGAGGACGUACUUUUCUUGCCACACUUUUAACAAAGAACAAUGACAAACUAGCAAUUCAGGUACUUAACAUUCUAUCACAGGUUCUGAACUUCAGCCUCGCAUUUCCAGACCCGCCGGCUGAUUCCUACGGAACUAAAGAUUAUGCAGGUGUAUGGGGAGGAGCUGUUGGACAAUUAGCUCGCAAGGAACGAGACGUUGCUGGUAUUCAGUUGUCCUGGACUGCCGAACGAAACGCUGUCAUCGACUUUGCCGAGUUUUAUCAGCUUGCUGCAUUGAUGUUCGGUAGCAGAGCUCCACGUCAGUUCCCACGUUCUGGUGCACUCUUCCGGCUGUUCGGUGUAGAAGUCUGGGUAGCGUACUUUUUUGCCAGUUUAUUAUCGGGAGGAAUAGUAGCAGCAACUUGGAUGUUCUAUUUAUUUAAAAUUAAUCCAAAGGAAGGAGCCACUUCAUCGUUUUCAAUUCUUCAAUUAUCAUUAGAAGCUUCUCUGAAGAUUUCUCUUUGGCAAGGAGUAGAGAAGCUCCCAAGCAAUAUUGGAUCUAGAAUUGUUUUCGCCAUUUGGGCAGUUGCGUGUCUAAUUGUUCUGAGUGUAUAUUGUGGAAACAUCCGGGCAUUUUUAAGUAUCAAAGAAACUGAGCAGCCACUGGAUACAGUUGCUCAGGUCUUGAAAGGCAACGUUCCAGCAUAUUAUUAUCCUGGUACCUCAACUGAAUCAUUUUUAAGGGAAACAUCUUUUAGCCUCGUUCAUGAACUAUGGAAGAAGAAUAAAAAUAACAAUAAAGAAAGGAUGAAUCCUAACCAGUACCUGGAUCUUAUGUCCAAUGGAGGCAUAUUACUUGCAACAAACGUUAACUUGGAAAAGCUCUUUCAGCAAUUUGAGGAAAGUUCCGGAAGGUCCUGUCCGUUUUAUCUUGGGAAACAACGAUUAAAGGAGGAUUAUUUGUGUCUUGGACUUCAGAAAAAUAGUCCAUUUCUGGAACCAAUGAGCUAUAGAAUUCGAGACUUUAAGAGAGGAGGAAUAAUCCAGUUUUGGCAAGAGAGAAUCAUAGAAGAACAGGUAAUAAAAGAGGGGUCGUGUGAUCCUAGACUUAGAAGUAACAAAGAUCAAACAAAUAUUCUGCUGUCCCUUUCUCUGAAUGACGUAAUUGUGUCAUUUCAACUUCUUUUGUCAGGUUAUGUUAUGUCAAUAGUUACUUUCUGUGUAGAAUACCUUAUUGGUAGAUUUAAAAUAAAUCAAAAUGUACCUAAAUAAGAAAAUAUCAUGCAUACGUAAAAAACGUAUAUCUAUUUUUUCUUGAUAUAGUUCUAAUGUAUAUGUUUGCAAUGCACAUAAACCACCAUAAUACAUAAAAGCAAUACAUUUAAAAUGUGUCAGAAAAGAGUAAAUGUAAAAAUCACCCAGAAUACCAUCUUUUUUUUUAAGUCUCUUACUCAAACCUUAUUUUAUUUGUGCUACCCUAGAGGAUAUUAGUACAUACUCAUAUUUGUGCUACCCGAGAGGUAUUAGUACAUACUCACUCUUUUCCUCACGUUCGAAUGUUAAAAUAUAAACAAUAGCAGCUGUUACUAAAUAUAAUAUCACGUAAGGGACUUUUUUUUUCCCAAUUCUACAGCUUUACGGUGUGGUCCUGUAUUAUAUGCUGUUCUCUGGUUAACCGUGGUUGUAGUAGUACACAAAAUUUCGCUUAGCUCUAAAUCAAUUAUAUUGCUUUGUCAGGUAAAGAUAAUACCACUGCUAGUGGUUUGCUAACAUCUAUGUAAGUAUUCCGCUAUUGUAUAAAAUUGAUAUCUAAAAGUUUUAAAUUGCUAGCGUUCUUUUACAGUACUAUGAGCUUGGUUAUAUAAUAACUGUGUAAGUUAUGAAAAUUUUGAUACUUUACAGUAAAUUAACAGUAUAUAAACGAAGAGUUUCAGUAUGUACACAAGUAACAUAGUACUCAUACACUGCACACAGUUUCAGUCUAUAGAAAUCGUAAAUAUGGUGUCCUUAUUGUAGGCUUUAAUUCAAAGUUAUUUACUCAAUAUAGUAUUUGUUAACGCAAAUGCUGUGUAGAAAUAAACUUUGAUUUUUCAAUUAUGUUACACUCGUUUUCGUUCGUUGUACUGAAGCAUAUGUAAUUACGCACUCCCAGUAACGAGAAUCUGUGUGUUUAUGUUUAUGUUAUAUAGG